AUGCCUAUGGUUCUUCUACGCAAGUUUCAUCCCAAGGGCGGCACAAGAAUGGUUACUCCCAAACAUCAGAGUACCAGAUGUCUGAGCGUAAUGUUCCGCCAGCGACACUUGUUAUCCCCUGAGCCAGGUUCCGCUGGAGUGUACGGUGGCACGCAAGGGUACAUUCCGGAGGCGUCGAAGCUGGUUAAUUAUGGGCAGCAGAGCUACAAUCCUCCCGUGGCAUCAAAUGACCGGAGUUCCAGGAAGCAGAGUUACACCCAAGUUGAACCAUCAAGGGACUGGAGUUCUGGGCAGCAGAGUUACACCCCGGCUAAACCAUCAAGGGACUUGAGAUCCGGGCAGCAAGACUACACUACUGCCGAGCCUUCAAGCCAGUGGAGCUCGGGGCAACAGAGCUACACUCUAGUUGAACCUUCAAGGCAAUGGAGCUCCGAGCAGCAGGGCUAA